CGUAAGAGCCGCGGAUGAUCGGGACGGUGUCCAGCCCAUCUCGGUGAACCAUGGCGUAUCAGCUCUACAGGAACACCACGCUGGGGAACAGUCUACAGGAGAGCCUGGAUGAGCUCAUACAGUCACAGCAAAUCACACCCCAGCUGGCCCUUCAGGUGCUACUUCAGUUUGAUAAAGCUAUAAAUUCAGCGCUGGCACAACGAGUCAGGAACAGAGUCAAUUUCAGGGGGUCUCUGAAUACAUACAGGUUCUGUGACAACGUGUGGACAUUUGUACUGAAUGAUGUUGAAUUUAGGGAGGUCACUGAACUUGUGAAAGUUGAUAAAGUGAAAAUUGUAGCAUGUGAUGGAAAAAACACUGGUUCAAAUACUGCAGAAUGAAUAGAACUGUGGUUUGUCUGCAAUAUUUUCUGAUAAUAUGCAGCACUUUCUGGAGUGAAGCAUGGAAAGGGACUGUGUUCAUACUUAAUUCUUGUGGUGCAGAUGUGAGCUAAUCUGUACUGAAUAGCAUCACAGAAUGACAGCAGAAGAAAUACCUAUAGCAUUUCAUAAGUUCACCUUAUAGGGCAUGAAUACAAUGUUACUUUUUAAAAAAAGUAAAACAUACUGUUGCCUUUUUUGUUCAGAAUAAUUUCUGUAAUAAACUUUUAUUUAAAAACUU